AUGACGUAUUCCAGCAACUCAAGUCCACUUCACCAGAAGUACAAACAUUGUUUCUCAGACAAGACAAUGCUGGAUCACUGUAGACCACUCGACCUCAGUUUUACUAUCUGUCCAGCGAAUAGCCACAAAGAACAACAUCAAUGUAUGUCACGUUGAUUACUCUGAUCCACAAGGUGGAAAAGGCCCAUGCGAUCGCAAAGCAGCGACGAUCAAAAGUCACAUUAAGAUAUAUUUGAAUGAAGGCCAUGAUGUAGAGACUGCAGAGCAGAUGGUGCAAGCUAUCAAGUCAGCUGGUGGAGUACCGGGAGUAAGAGUUACUUCAAGUAGUAAGCAAACCGUUGAAAUGCCUUUUGAAGCUUAGUGGGAGAGAAUUAGUUUCCUUAAUAAUUUGACAUUUAGUGGAGAGGGUGUUCGAGUUUGGAGAGCGUAAAACAUUGGACCUAGCAAAUGGUUACCUUAGAGUGACCUUGACAUUCCUACUUAUUACCAGCUGCCCACGCUUAACAAAGCCACACCCACACACUGCUCUAAUGUAUCAUUCACUGACGUUACCGUAA